AUGAGUGGAACGACUGCCGCAUCGGGCGAGCCCGCGAAGCUCUCCGGCCUCAACCUCUACUCCCGCUUCGCCUUCGCCGGUGCCGUCUGCUGCAGUGUCACCCACGGCGGUCUCACCCCCGUCGACGUCGUCAAGACCCGUAUCCAGCUGGACCCCGCGACGUACAACCGCGGCCUCAUCGGCGGCUUCCGCCAGGUCAUCCAGAAGGAAGGCGCGGGUGCCCUCCUCACCGGCGCCGGUCCCACUUUCGCCGGCUACUUCCUGCAGGGCGCGCUCAAGUUCGGCGGUUACGAGUUCUUCAAGCAGAAGUCGAUUGACACCAUCGGCUAUGAGAACGCCAGGAACAACCGUAUCGGCGUGUACUGCGUCUCGGCCGCCGCGGCCGAGUUCUUCGCUGACAUUGCGCUGUGCCCCCUCGAGGCGACGCGUAUCCGCAUGGUCUCCGAGCCCGGUUUCGCCAGCGGCCUCGUGUCUGGAUUCAGCAAGAUUGCCAGCCAGGAGGGCCUUGCCGCGUUUUACUCCGGCUUCGGUCCCAUCCUCUUCAAGCAGGUCCCUUACACCAUGACCAAGUUCGUCGCCUUCGAGAAGGUCUCCGAGUUCGCCUACGCCAACUUCUUCGACAAGUCCAAGACGAGCGACGGCAUGCAGACCACCAUCAACCUGGGCUCCGGUCUCGUCGCUGGUUUCGCCGCUGCUAUUGUUUCCCAGCCCGCUGACACCAUGCUCUCCAAGAUCAACAAGACCAAGGGUCUCCCUGGAGAAAGCACUACCAGCAGACUCAUCAAGAUCGCCAAGGAGCUCGGCGUUCGCGGCUCCUUCAGCGGUCUGCCCGCCCGUCUGUUCAUGGUUGGUGCCCUGACUGCUGGACAGUUUGCCAUCUACGGCGAUUUGAAGAAGGCUAUGGGCGCCACUGGAGGUGUUGAGAUUGCGAAAUAG